GAGAGAGAGGCGCACACACUCGCAGCCUCGCUGAGAGAGGAGAGGCGAGAAAGAGAGUGAGACGCGAAGAAGAGGACGAAGAGGAGGAGGUGGAGGAGGGAGAGAUAGAGAGAGUGAGAAGAAAAAGAGCAAUGUCUGCUGAAAAGGCGCCUCUUCGUCUUCCUCGUGCACUGACCGGCCCUCGCUGAGACACCAUGGGCUGUAUCGGCUCCCGCACUAUCACGGCAGACGCGGUUCCCGUAAGGAAAGAUGGAGAGCAGCCUGGACGUGCCGAGUUUUCCUGGGAAGGAAUCAACCUGUCUAUGGAGGACACCACCUCCAUCUUGCCUCGUCUGAAGCGGAACUCCAACGCCUAUGGGAUUGGAGCUCUGGCUAAGUCCUCUCUGUCAGGUGUGUCAGGUGUGACGAGGUCCAUGAAAGACAAGGUAACUAAACCCACUGCUAUGGCUCAAGGACGCGUGGCCCAUAUGAUUGAGUGGCAGAGUUGGGGUAAACCAUCUGCUGGACCAGUAGGAGGAGCAGGUCACUCCAACCUGCACCGUGAGAGAGAAAGGAGAAUGGAGAAUGAUGCCUACAGUGACCUAAGUGACGGAGAGAAGGAGGCACGAAUGGCAGCAGGAGUGAUGCAGCAGUUUGCGAUCUCUGAGGCCACACUGCUGGCCUGGAACUCUAUGGAUGGAGAGAGCCUCUGUGCCGACUCCAACCAGGGCAGCGUGGCCCACCUCAGCGAAGUCAACCAGGAGAGCAUCACCAGCAGAGAUCAGCCAAUGCAUCACUCUUCUGCAGAAGUCUGGCCUCACACUUGCGUCUCGCAGGGCCUUUACUGCCUCUCCUCCUCCGAUGCCUGGGAGCCAAUCAGCAACGAGCCUUCAGGCAUGGCCUCUCCAGCUGCCGGCUCCUACAUUAUGGCAGGCGGGGCUUCUGGAGAGGGCUACGAUGGCUCCGCCCUCUAUCUGUCCCAGCCGCAGCAGCUGACACUGCAGCAGCAGAGCCACUUACAGCAGCUGCAGCAGCUCCAGCAGUACCAGCAGCAGCAACUACUGCAGUACCAACAACAGUCGCUGGAACAUCGACUACACAGCGCCUCCCAUUCCUUGCAAGCCACGCCCAACAGCACCAUUCACAGCCUGGGACCGCCCACUCACCCGCGAUUGGCCGAUUUGUGGGCAGCGGCUCAGGUGGAGCCCCAUCAGAUGGAGAUGAUGGGACACAUGGGUGUAACCCUGGCAGAAAUGGGCUUGCCUGAAUCCUAUAUGGACGAGUUAGUUACAGAAAAUGAAUGCAUCCUAGAGCAACAGGAGGAGGAGGAAGCCAGGGAGGAUGACAUCACAUUAACGCUUGAACCCGAGCCAAUGUCCGUAACCCCGGUUCUGACCCCUCCGCCUCCGAGAGAGGACCCCACACCACCUGGCGGCACGAGUCCAGCACAGGCACCAGCAGAGCCAACGGCUGAGCACAUGACCUUCGAGGUCACAUCCUGCGUCGUCCAAUCGCUGGAGGAGAAGGAAGAGGAGGUGGUGGAGGAUGGGACCGUGGUUGUAGUGGCAACCAAUUGACAGCAAGUUUUGCCGAAAUGAAAAGUCUCGAACAAAAACGCAACUGUCUUUACCGAAAUAAUCAACUAAUUAAGCUAAUGUAUACCCAACCCCCCGUCCCAAGGUGUAUUCAUUCUCUUUUUGUCCCAACAAACACGGUGAAGGACUUUGGUGGCGAGAGAUGCACUGACUUAUACAUUAUUAAAGAGUGAUGGAGGACAUAAUAUUAGAAUUGGCUGCAAUGAACUGGAGAUGAUUCCCGACGCCUUUUCAGAGAAGACUGGAGUUUUAUGGCCGACGAGAGAGAGAUGGAAAAAAGACUGAGGACACUUACUUACAAAAAGAAAAUAACGAGUGCAAUACCAAGAUACCAAGACAACCAAAAGAACGUGCAUGCAUUUUGAAUAUUUAAGUGACUGAAUUACCAGUAAUCCAUAUAGUAAUAAGAAAUACAUUGAUUUUUGUAAUAAAACUAAAAGCCAAUAAAAUGAUAUGUAUUUGUA